CCACUGUGCCACCAGGGGAAGCCCUUAGAGGGUUAUUAAUUCUCUCACUUUCUCCAGUUUGGAAGCUAGAAUUGGUAAGUCAGAGAAGACACUUAGGCAAGACACUUGCAAGUUAAAUGUUAGUGAAGCCUCAGAUAAGAGGAGUGGGGGUGGGGUGCUGUCAGAGAAGGGCUGCUUGAACGUUGAGCUACAGAGUGUUUAUAAAUACUAGUGAUAGUUUACUUUUCACCUUCCCCAUCUUUGUGGGGGAGGGAGAGCUCUGUGGUUAGGCAGAAGAAGAGAUUAAAAGAAAGAUAAAAUCAGGUGAAACAAAAAAGGAAAAAUAUAAUUGGAGUGGCCCUGAAUAACUCUCUGCAGUGUGUUUAAAAUUGUCACUGUGAAAUCAGGUCUUCCUUCUCUGCUACAAGUUUGACAUGUCACUUAUCUUUCUCUGUGGGCUUAUGGGGCAAGCUAAGUUCAAGGUAUACAUUUCACUAAGGUCAUGUUUUCAAUCUUUCCAAAACUUCUUUUUUUUCUUGCAGUUUUCUAACAGGUUUUGAAAUACUUGCCUGAAAACCCUCCUUGGACUAUUGUGGAUUCAGCUGAAAAUCAGCAUUGGAGGAGUAACAAACAGUGUAAUGUCUACAUCUGAGAAGAGAUUCAGAUACACAUUUGAAAAGAAAGAGAGUUAUAGAAUUCAGAAGAAUAAAGGGGAGUAUGGCAAAGUGGGAGAAAGAAGCUGACCAAUGACUGCGGGAAGAGUGCAAGGUCUGUUGUACCCAUACAUUGACCCCUUUCUGGGUCCUUCUCACAUCAAGUAUGAUGGAGGGAGAUAAGUGAGUGAACCAAAUAUCCUGGUGGUCUGAGACAUUUCCCGUCUGUGACUUCAGUUUUUCUCUCCAGCAGCAGCUUCCCACACCUAGUUCCCCGGAGGGAUCCAGUCUGGACUGGAAGUGGGCAGCGCUCCAGAGACGUGGGAGUGAAGUAUCUGCUCACCUCAGGAGAAGCCAAACUUGGGGAAAAUGUUUGCGGUACACUUGAUGGCAUUUUACUUCACCAAGCUGAAGGAGGAUCAGAUCAAGAAGGUGGACAGGUUCCUGUAUCACAUGCGGCUCUCCGAUGAGACCCUUUUGGACAUCAUGGCUCGGUUCCAGGCUGAGAUGCAGAAGGGCCUGGGGAAGGACACCAACCCCACAGCGUCAGUGAAGAUGCUGCCCACCUUUGUCAGGGCCAUUCCAGAUGGCUCAGAAAACGGGGAGUUUCUUUCCCUGGAUCUUGGAGGAUCUAAGUUUCGAGUCUUGAAGGUGCAAGUCUCCGAAGAGGGGAAACGAAAUGUCCAGAUGGAGAGUCAGUUCUACCCAACACCGAAUGAAAUUAUCCGAGGGAAUGGCACAGAGCUGUUUGAAUACGUAGCUGACUGUCUGGCAGAUUUCAUGAAAACCAAAGAGCUGAUGCGGAAGAAAUUACCUCUUGGCCUAACCUUUUCUUUUCCCUGCAAACAGACUAAAUUAGAAGAGGGUGUCCUGCUUUCAUGGACAAAGAAGUUUAAGGCGCGGGGAGUUCAGGGCACAGACGUAGUGAGCUCUCUGACCAAUGCUAUGAGAAAACACAAGCAGGAUUUAGAUGUGGACAUCCUGGCUUUGGUCAAUGACACCGUGGGGACCAUGAUGACGUGCGCCUAUGAUGAUCCCUACUGUGAAGUUGGUGUCAUCAUUGGCACCGGCACCAACGCGUGCUACAUGGAGGACAUGAGCAACAUCGAGCUGGUGGAAGGUGACGAGGGGAGGAUGUGCAUCAACACCGAGUGGGGGGCCUUCGGGGACGACGGGGCCCUGGAGGACAUCCGCACUGAGUUCGACCGGGAGCUGGACCUCGGCUCUCUCAACCCCGGGAAGCAGCUGUUUGAGAAGAUGAUCAGCGGCCUGUACUUAGGUGAACUCGUCAGGCUCAUCUUGCUGAAGAUGGCCAAGGCAGGCCUCCUGUUUGGCGGCGAGAAAUCCUCCGCUCUCCACAUUAAGGGCAAGAUUGAAACACGGCACGUGGCUGCCAUGGAGAAGUAUAAAGAAGGCCUGGCUAAUACAAGAGAGAUCCUGACGGAUCUGGGCCUGGAGCCUUCAGAGGCCGACUGCGUCGCGGUCCAGCACGUCUGCACCAUUGUUUCCUUCCGCUCAGCCAAUCUCUGUGCGGCGGCCCUGGCAGCCAUCCUAACACGCCUGCGGGAGAACAAGAAGCUGGUGCGGCUCCGGACCACGGUGGGCAUGGAUGGCACACUCUACAAGAUCCACCCCCAAUACCCAAAACGCCUGCACAAGGUGGUGAGGAAACUGGUCCCGAACUGUGACGUCCGCUUCCUCCUGUCGGAGAGUGGCAGCACCAAGGGGGCCGCCAUGGUGACCGCAGUGGCCUCCCGCGUGCAGGCCCAGCGGAAGCAGAUUGACAAGGUGCUGGCUUUGUUCCGGCUGACCCGAGAGCAACUUGUGGGCGUUCGGGACAAGAUGCGGGUUGAGCUCGAGUACGGGCUGAAGAGGGACACCCACCCGCUGGCCACGGUCAAGAUGCUGCCCACCUACGUCUGCGGGAUGCCAGAUGGCACAGAGAAAGGCAAGUUCCUCGCCCUGGAUCUGGGGGGAACCAACUUCCGGGUCCUCCUGGUGAAGAUCAGAAGCGGACGGAGGUCGGUGCGAAUGUACAACAAGAUCUUCGCCAUCCCCCUGGAGAUCAUGCAGGGCACCGGCGAGGAGCUGUUUGACCACAUCGUGCAGUGCAUCGCUGACUUCCUGGACUACAUGGGCCUCAAGGGAGCCCAGCUGCCUUUGGGCUUCACAUUCUCAUUUCCCUGUAGGCAGGAGAGCAUUGACAAGGGAACACUCAUUGAGUGGACCAAAGGCUUCAAGGCUACUGACUGUGAAGGGGAAGAUGUGGUGGACAUGCUCAGGGAAGCCAUCAAGAGGAGAAAUGAGUUUGACCUGGACAUAGUCGCAGUUGUGAAUGACACAGUGGGGACCAUGAUGACCUGUGGCUAUGAAGAUCGUAAUUGUGAGGUUGGCCUGAUUGCAGGAACAGGCAGCAACAUGUGCUACAUGGAGGAGAUGAGGAACAUUGAACUGGUGGAAGGGGAUGAAGGGAAGAUGUGCAUAAACACAGAGUGGGGAGGAUUUGGAGAUAAUGGCUGCCUAGAUGACAUCCGGACCCAGUACGACAAGGAGGUGGACGAGGGGUCCUUGAAUCCUGGCAAACAGAGAUACGAGAAAAUGACCAGUGGGAUGUACCUGGGGGAGAUCGUGCGGCAGAUCCUGAUUGACUUGACCAAGCAGGGUCUCCUCUUCCGAGGGCAGAUUUCAGAGCGUCUCCGGACCAGGGGCAUCUUUGAAACCAAGUUCUUGUCUCAAAUUGAAAGCGAUCGGCUGGCCCUCCUCCAAGUCAGGAGGAUCCUGCAGCAGCUUGGCCUGGACAGCACGUGUGAGGACAGCAUCGUGGUGAAGGAGGUGUGCGGAGCUGUGUCCCGGCGGGCGGCCGAGCUCUACGGUGCCGGCCUGGCCGCCGUCGUGGAGAAAAGGAGGGAAGACCAGGGGUUUGAGCACCUGAAGAUCACCGUGGGUGUGGAUGGCACGCUGUACAAGCUGCACCCGCACUUUUCUCGGAUAUUGCAGGAAACUGUGAAAGAACUAGCUCCUCGAUGUGAUGUGACAUUCAUGUUGUCAGAAGAUGGGAGUGGAAAGGGAGCAGCUCUGAUCACUGCUGUGGCCAAGAGGUUACAGCAGGCACGGGGGGAGAACUAGGAACCCCUUGGGGUUGGGCCGCAUGUGCCUUGGAUACUGACCAGCCUUUCCUCUGGCAGAUGAGUUGGUCAGAGACCAACAGGCAAGCUUCUGGCUGACUUCACUGUCUGGAUAGCCAGAAGAGAACCCCAGGUUCUUGGGUACUCUUAGCAUUUUGUUACUGGUUUUCAAGGGCAUUAAAUGACAUCUCUAUUUGGCAUGUUUGGACCAAAGAUGGGCCAACUUAUAAAAUCAAAGCAUUGGGCCCAAGAGAUCCCCUUUCAGCAAGUCUUUCAGUUGAGACCUGAGCUGUUCUCUACGGCUUUGGGUUCUGUGGCUACUGGGCUUGGAAACAAAUACACGAUCUGCCCAUGUGGCCUGGCUGGCUGAAUUCCCCAGUGGGAUGCUUCAGCCAUUGCUUGUAAUAGAUUGAGCCAUCUACUUGUGGAUGCACAUGUGAGAGGGAUAGGGGCUUAAUCAACUGGAGAUCUAAUCUAACUUGUCAUUAACUUGUCACGUUGACUUCAAGCGUGAAGAGAGAACAAAACUUUGGAGUAUUCAGCCCCAGGAUGAAGAAGCGUUGAUUGCCAGGGAGCCCUGUAGGAAACUUUUCAUGCUUAAAGUGAGUUAUAUCAGCACCCUGUAGGAUUUUGUUUCUCAGUAAACAUGUGUGAUGGGGAGGGUGCUGUUUGGGGCACCUGUUAUCAUUUUACAUGUGGUUUUUGUCACUGCUGAUGAUAUUUGUUUUAAGGACUGUUAGGUAUAUGAA